UCUGGUUGGUGGUUGGAUUUUGACGGACGUAAACAAACACACAUUGAAUCGAAAUUAUUUAUUAUUUUUGAUAUUAAUGAUAUUAUUCAAGGCCUGUAGAUUCUGCUGAUUGAUAUUUCAUUCAUAAGUGUAGCCUGAAAAGCUGAGAGUAAAGGCGAAAUGUCUCGAGCGCUUAAAAAUGAAAACGGCCACAGUGUAAGACCUGAUCCUAGUGCUCCUGUGUCCAGGAAAGGUGUUCUCACUUCACUAAGAACAUCAAAACCGAUGCCCAUACCCGAGGAGGACACGUUCGGGAGGUGUCGAUUUGUCUCGGAAUUUGAGAAGUUAAAUCGUAUUGGAGAAGGAACGUAUGGCGUUGUUUAUCGAGCCAGAGACUCCAAAAAUGGCCAAAUUGUUGCCCUCAAAAAGGUUAGAAUGGAGAACGAGAAGGACGGAAUUCCAAUCAGUGGAUUGAGAGAAAUUUCAGUUUUAAAACACUGCAAGCAUGAAAAUAUCGUGGAAUUGAAAGAAGUUUUAGUCGGUCGCAGCCUCGAGAGCAUUUUCCUAUCUAUGGAAUAUUGUGAACAGGAUUUAGCCAGUUUGUUGGACAACAUGUCAAGCGCUUUUUCCGAGUCUCAGGUCAAAUGCAUCAUGCUGCAAGUCUUGAGGGGGAUGGAGUAUCUGCAUGGAAAUUACAUUAUCCACAGAGAUCUCAAAGUUUCCAACCUUCUUAUGACAGACAAGGGCAUAGUAAAAAUAGCUGACUUUGGCCUAGCUAGAUUUUUUGGACUGCCUUGGAAACCAAUGACCCCAACUGUAGUCACAUUGUGGUACCGUGCUCCUGAGCUCCUUUUGCAAUCUCCGGUGCAAACAACAGCUGUCGAUAUGUGGGCGGCUGGAUGCAUUUUGGGAGAACUUCUCAGCCACAAACCCCUCUUGCCAGGCAAGACUGAGAUUCAGCAACUUGACAUGAUCAUUGAAAUGCUGGGAACCCCCAGCGACAACAUCUGGCCCGAGUACUCGUCUCUCCCAGCCGUGCAAAGCUUCACCUUCAAACACCAGCCCUACAACAACCUGAAGCAAAAGUUUUCAACUCUUUCCGCAGCUGGCCUCAGGCUUUUAAACUUCCUCUUCAUGUACGACCCAAUGAAGAGAGCCACUGCUGAAGAGUGUUUGCAAAGCUCGUAUUUUAAGGACGCACCUCUACCUUGUUCUCCAUCCAUGAUGCCAACGUUCCCACAACACAGAAAUCUGAAAUCGCAGCCCAUUGACAAUACAAGUAACGAGGGCAGCAAUCAACUUUCGUCGAAUUUGUCAGAUUUGCUGGGAAACAUUACUAAAAGAAGAAGAGUGUAGUUUAAAAUAAUAAGCAUUGAAUUUUGUUUGUGUAAGGUUUUAAAUUGCUGACUAAAAAAGAAUGCGUAGAAAAUUAAGUUUAUUGCAAAGCUUUUUUAAUUUAAAUAUCUCCACAAGCGCACAUGGUAUUUCUUUUUCAGUGGUUGAAUAUUAUGAAUUUGCGUGCACGCGUCUUGAUGAUGCAGCAACAUCUCAUAUAAUUAUGUCAUAUUCAAAUACAUACAAUAAAUCCAAGCUGGUAAUCUAUCACAAAAGAGGGCGAGCUUGUUUAAAUUCCCCAGCACUAAAUCAUACAGCAAUAUUAAAUUUUGACCCUUUGCAAAUAUCUGACAACGUUCCGUAUUUAUUUACACUGCGUCUGAUCCUUGAAAUCAACUCAUCGGGAUAGAAAAUUAUAAUUUAGGUUACGUGAAAUUUGUAAAUAUAAUAAGGCAAAUGUUGCCGAAAGAACCAUCUUCAAUCAAUUUACGCUGCCCAUGACUCAAGUUCCUUCAAAUCAUCAUCCUCUUCAAUUUUGGCUUCUAAAAGAUAAUUCAAUCAAAAAUUAUUAUCCAGUAAAUUUAUAGAUGCCUUACUUGGUUUAACCCUCGGGGCAGCUGAAGGCUCUGCGACAGGCACGUUCGGGAGUUCCUCUGGGGCCGGCCCUGCAACUCCAAGCAGCUCUUUGUCGAGCUCUUCCUGUUCCAGCUCUUCGAGUUCCUUUUCCAACUCAUCCUUUUAAAUAAAGUUAUAAAAAUGCCCUCUAUUUUUAAUUUUUUUAAGACCUCAUCAAUGUCUUGUCCAAAGGCUACUGGGUUUGAAAUGGCGUCCGAAAUUUCUCUCGCAACGUCUUGUUGUUCGGCAAUGUCGUCCAUCAUAUCGUGGACUUGAUCAACAUCCCUAAAUGAACAAAGAGAUUAUUACUAAAUAAUUAGACAGAUGCCUUAAAUUUUACAUGUGUUGGUGAGCGUUCUUAAGAGCUUCAGCUGCAUUUUUCAUGGACUGCAAGACGGCUGUGUUGGUG